UAGAAAUUUAAUCGACUUCAAAAAAGGAGGAUAUCGAUUGGAGGCAGUUCUCUUUUUACAAACGAUUUAAACAGGAAGAAAGCAAUUUCAAAACACGUGGACUUUUAUCAAAGUGAUAACCGUAUACCGGGAAUAAUGACGUCACUGAUCGAAGGUAGAAGGUAACAGCCACGAUGGAUAUAGAUCAUGUUGUACUCGACAAGGAAGCCAUCAGCCGAUUCGAGCAGUACACGUUGGCAAAGCCUUCGCUUAAUGGAGGGAUAUCUUUGGACAGAUGCCAAGAAACCGACUCGGUAGCAUCUAAUAGCAGAAAAAAGGCGCAAACUUCCCGCCAAAAAGUUGUUUGCUGCUUUUGUUUUAAAACAACUAAGUAUAGAAGAAAACAAUUCAUUAUCGGCUCCCUUACGAAUAUCGUGAUAUUUUCUAUACUUCUCGCCUACACAUUUCUGGGAUCGUUCAUAUUUUUAGCUAUAGAAGGAGGGGCCGACGUACCAGUUAGACCUAGAAUAUUACCAGACAGACAAAAAAUAAGCCAAAGAGAACAAAGCAACAGUAGUAAAAAGCAUACAGACGACGAUUACGAGUAUGGUAAUUUGACACUCUCAGCAAACUACUUCUGGGAUGCUAGGAGUCGAGCGGUGGAGAAUAUCUGGGAAAUAACUGUGUCACUGAAUAUUUUGUACCGUGAGAAUUGGACGAGACUGGCUGCCCAGGAGAUACUAAAGUUUCAGAAUGAGCUAGUGCAACGAGUAACUACUGAGAUGGCGUCGCAGUAUGGCGUUAGUUACAGGGAAAUGGCGCUUGGAGAGUUCGGUAGCGAACUUAAUAACCAUUACGAGGAGCACGAGUGGAAUUUAGCUCUCGCAUUUUUCUACUCACUAACAGUUUUAACUACGAUAGGUUACGGAAACAUCGCACCGAGGACAAUUCUUGGAAAAGGAGUCACAAUCAUUUAUGCCCUAUUUGGAAUACCCCUGACGCUCGUUUACCUAUCAAGUGUCGGAUCCUUACUAUCAAAAAUGGCAAGAAGUGUCUUCAGCAGAGCUCUGUGUUGCUGCCUCUGUUCAAACUGUGGUUAUUGCUGUUACGACGAAAGAAGAAUGGCGGAGAAAGAACGGCGAAUGAAACUAAAAAGACAACAAGAAGAAAUGUUAAACAGUCAAAAUACUAGUAAAACUCCUACAGAGGAAUGCUACGUAUUAAAACCAGACAGUCAGAAAGACUUAUCCAUAUCAGAGAGGCCGACAACGAGCACUGCUAAAGACGAUAUUAUAAGUUGGCCUGAUACAGAUUCCAAACUUUCGAUGCAUGGUUUGAGCAUUCUCGCCCCAGUUUUGCUUUGCCUUGCAGCAAUAUUUAUUUAUAUUACAAUUGGAGCAAUAGUUUUGUAUAAAUUAGAUAAUUUAAGUCUCAUAGAUGGAUUUUACUUCUGUUUUAUGGCUUUAAGUACUAUUGGGUUCGGUAAUAUUAUUCCAGGAAUGAGUUACACGACUAUUAGCGGUGUAAGAUACUAUACAAUUAACUCUGUUACUUUGUGGUUCUGUUCUGCUUAUACAUUGACUGGUUUAGCAUUAACUGCCAUGUGUUUCGGCGUUAUACAUGACGAAAUAAUUUAUAGGAUAAAACACCAACAGAAAGAGUGGUCGCAUAAAAGCAACACUGUCAACGAUGAAGUAAAUUUAAAUGAUCCAUUUUAUAUGCAUUCUUGACAAAUGUUUAAAGGUAAGUCUGAGAAUUUGUAUAGUAUUAUGGAGGAUACUUCUGUUGUAGAAAGAAAUAGAAUUGAAAUAGAUAAUAGGGAAGUAGUUCUUAGUGUAGAUGAUAUGACAGGAGUCGUGGAAACAAAUCCAGAAUUUCCUCCUCCACCACCUGAAGAGGAAAUAGUUACAAUCGUAACUAAGAAAGAGCCAAAAGGUUUCGGCAAUAUGGUUGCAUAUAACGUCUUACCAGAAAUGCUUGAACAUGUAAAUACAUAAAUUGAUUUUGUACAUUUCCUUUUUAGAGGCUGUGAAAGGUUUCUUUUAUUAUAUUUUAUUUGGUAAUUAUAUCAUGUAACCUGUAUCGAAUUUAUU